AUGGACAAGACGGCAGAGCUGUUCCGCCAGCUGCAUGACGAUCGAAAGAAGAUUAUCGAGCAGUGGGAGGAGUCGGUGAAGAAUAUGAAGAGCCGGGACUCCCAACUGGAACGCCUUGGUGAGGAGUAUGCGGCCAAUAUGACCCGAAAGAAGGUCAAGGAAGACAAGAUGAAGGAGCGGAAGCAGUUCCACGAUGAGGUGGAGGCAGACAACGAGAAGAUGGAGCAGACCAUCCAGCAGACUGACCGACAGCUCGUUCGCAUGCGCAUGGACCACAUGGAAGCGAAAACAUCCCUCACGGGCUUCAAGGACGAGGUCGAGGUGAUGAAGAACCAGGUCAUCGCGUGCCAUUCCGAGAAAAAUCGGACUGCGAACGAACACCAGGUCGGUGCCACGCGCCUCGAAGGCCGGCGGGAGAAGCAUGAGCAAGCAUACCGCCAGCUCGAGAUGCACAAGAGGGCUCUCCAGGAGCACCAAGACACCACGCGGAACAAAGAGCAGAUGAGCCAGGAUGCAGAGCGAGCAAGGCAGGAGAUGAUCAACAACAUGAAGAUGGUGGAGAAGGAGAUGAAAGCUGCCAAGGAAAGCCACUACAAAGAGAGCCAGGAGCUCUAUCGCCUUCGGGCCGAAGAGGCGACCACCCUGGGAGCCAUCAGCGGAGCACAGUCGGCAAUCAAGAACCUGCAGCUGCAGAUUAGCAAGCUCGACCAAGAGCGGCAGCGGCAGCAGGAGCUGUUGUACGCUGUCGACUUCCAGUCGCAGCUCAUGCAGCGCAAGGUGGCUCGGGUGUCCGGGGAGCGGACGAUCGAAGAGAAGGAGGAAUUCAAUCGCAAGGUCGAGCAGCUCGACAAGCAGCUGGAGGAGCAGAAGUCCCUCCACACCAUCCUCUCAGCGCAGAUCAAACGCCAGGAGAAAAGCGUCAGCGUUUGUGGUCUGGACCCUCCUUCCCGAUUGUUUGUUGGAAAGUUCUCGAUCGGCGAAUGCCUGUUAUUGAUUCUUGAAGUGGGGCUUGUGGCAUCGUUGGAGUGCUUCACUUUGACUUCAUCUCUGCUACGCUUCUCGAGCCUCCCAGCUGCAAAGCAGCAUCAGGCGGCGAGUCUGCAGAAAUCCCCCAAUUCGUGUACAGCCAUGGCACCCGUGGGCUCAGUGGGAUGGCAGGGAGCUCCAGAUCGAAGGUACAGCCAGGGCCACACGCAGAGCGCUCCCAAGCAACCUCCCACCUUGCGGCCCAGGAGUGGAGAAGAGAAGUCGGGCCAACCGGACAAGACCCCGGUCUCUGUGAAGGUCGGGCCUGUUUGGAUCAGCAUCGGCCCGCGCAUCGAGGCAGAGCUGGCCGCGAUGAGGAAAUUCGUGGAGGACGUUUCUAGGAACCUGGAGAUCACAGCACAGCCAGGCUACAAGCCGGCUACAGAAAGAAAGCCAAGGCCUUCGGAAGCGCGGCGGCCCUCACUCCCCUUCGAACCUGCGGCACGAAGCACCAAAACUGCCUCUAAGGCCCCCAUGGGGGGACUUGGAGGAGUGGACUUGGCCAUGGCUUCGGUGCCGGGCAAACCGAAGCUGCGCGGAAACCCCACGAGUGGACCGCUUUUGCUUCACUACGACAAGCAAUCUGGCCUGCUGUUUCAGAUGCCGUCAAACCAUGGCCGUGAGAUGGCCUUCACUGUUGCCUUUAGCCUGGACCCUGUGGAUCCGAAGCGCUGGCAGGAGCGCGGGGACUCUGUUGACGGCCUCUUUCAGCGGAAAUGGUACUCCGACACAACCUUGCGGGAAAUGCCCCUGGGUUACUGGAUGUGGCGGGCGGACUGGAAGCUGAAGCAGCUUUCUCAAGGUAUGUUCUAUGAUGAUGCCACUGGCCGCAGGCGUGCUCUGAGACGUGGAGAAGACGUUCCCGCCGACUUUCCCGAGGCCGGCCAAGGCGAUGCAGGCUGCGCCAGGCUCUGGAUCGUGUGCCGCAGCAUGGUCACACGACCGGUGGGUCGGAGCGCGCUCCUGAUCUGCCCGGAGGAUGUGCAGAUGGCCUGUGAAGUGCGGGCCCAGUCCUUUAAUGCCAAAACGAACAGCUUCGAGGAUGCGAAAGAUGCGCAGCCUCACACCUCAGCUGCACGCGUGGCCGAGUAUCUUAGCCGGAACUACGAUGCAGUGGCCCGCUUUGUGCCAGAGCUUCUUCAUUGCAAGCGCAUGGCAGCCUUACUUGCAGUGUCGCAGUGGCUGCUGGAGAACCACAUUGGAUCCAAAGACCUUGCGACAAGGCACUGCAUCCCGCAGUUCUCUGUGCCAAAGGAUUUUCCGGACGAGAAUGUGCCUGCCCUCCGUGCGGUACAUGAAACCGGGCUUCGGGAAGAGACUGUUUUCAACAAGCUGGACAAGGAGCUGGACGCCCUUAUGGCCGAGGUGCAGGCAAUCCGGAAAGAGAAACAUUCACACUUGGAGGAGUCUCGAAUGACGGCAGAGAGGCAGAAAGAUGCCAUAGAGGCCACUCGCAAGACCCUCGACCAGUCCAGCAGCACAUCGGUGGCAUCUUACAACUCUGAAGUAGCGAGAUACAACCAGCUGCUCGAGAAGCACAAAGCCGCAGUGGAGUCUUACAACGCUUACGUGACGUCUGCACAGCAGAAACUGGACAUGGUUACGAAGAAGCGGAACGCGGCUGCUGUCGACUGCAACGCUGUCCGCACCACUUGCAUUCUUGUUGGUGGGGUGGACCUGCAGGUGGGGGGAAAGGUCGAGGAGAAGCCGGUGGCAGAGAAGUCAGACUCCUUGGACAAGCAGGUGCGCUCUUGGGCCCAGGAGCUGAAGCAGAAUGCCACGGUGUCGUCUCUCCUUGCCGGCGAGAGGCGGCCCCCGGACCGGCCAAGAUCUUUGCCCGACGAGAUUCGAGAGGAGAGGAAAGCCGCCUUCAACGUCUUUCCCAUCGCGGCGGGUGACGCAGAGCUGAAAAAUUCCCAACGGUAUCUCGGCAACGUGAAGAAGGAGUGUGAGGGCAUGAAAACAACCAUGGAAGAGCUGGAGCUGCAGAACACCAUCAUGAACCGUGCAGUUGCGAAGACGGUCAAGGACAAGGAGGAGUCGAUGAUGCAGCAUGACAUCCUCAGGCUAGAGGUCAAACGGCUUCGGCAGCAGCUUACCACCAAGUCUGAGAAUUUGUACAGCCUGGAAAAUCGAAAGCAGCAGCUCCAAAUCAGCAUGGAGGAGAGGGAGAAGGAGAUCGAAGUGCACACUGAGGUCUUGAGAGCACAGCUCCGGUCUGCCGAGGAAGAGAAACACAAGGCAGCGAUUGAGCUGGCGGAGAGGAAGCAGAAGAUCUUCACAUUGAAGAGCAAGUAUGACAACGUCAUGUGCAAGGUGAAGAAGGAGGAGGGCGGGGAGCAGCUGAGCCAAGCUCACUACAUGAUCAAGGCCGCCCAAGAGAAGGAGGAGCUGCAGAGGAAAGGAGACGAAUUGGACGACAAGAUCCGCCGGGCUGAGAAGGAGAUCCGAUCUCUGGAGAACACUCUGGGGCAUCUGGUGCAGCGGAACCAGAAGUUCAAGGAGAACUUGCAGACCUCGAACAUGCAGAACCAGUCCGAGCUCGAGGAGAAACAGACGCUGGAGGAGCAGUCCAGGGCAGCAAACGAGGUCCUCUUCAAAAAGAAGAAGGUGCUGACGCAGCUGGAGCAAGAGGCCCAGGAGGACGUGCAGCGCUACGAGGAGCUGCAAAGGUCCAUGCAGCAGAUGGAGGCUCAUGUGAACGAGCUGACUGCAGCCCGUGACGUCCUCCGGCAGGACAUUGGCACACAGGCGCCGAAGAUUGAGCGUGCGCAGCAGACCUUGGCCAAUGCGCAGACGCGGGCCAUCCAGUCCGGCGUGGACUUGGCCCCCGAAGCAGCUGCUGCAGUUGACGUGAAGGCCAGAGGUCUGAGAGAGCAGAACCAGAGUCUUCUCUUUGCUCUCAGCAACGCGCUCCAAGACUACGGGGAGGACGUGCUUCCCCUCUUCGAAAACCUCUGUGCAGAGCGUGGCGUCGCCAUGCCCUCGCGGCCGCCAUCAGCCGCCUCCCGCCCGGGCAGUGGCCGAUGA